AUGCCGUCGACCGAUAUCGAUUCGACCAAUAAGAUCGUGAGAAAUUAUCGUAGACCAUCCAUCUCGAGAACCAGUAGCGGUUUUCAUCAAGCUCCACUCUUAAAGCGUAGAGCAUCACUAGCUCUACUCGAUCAUUUUCGACCUCUCGAAGAAUCUUUUACUGGUACUGCUACUGCAAAAUCGAACAACAAGGACUGGUUCACUGACCCUUCUUUCGUGAAUACAGAUCACGAUACCACUUUGCUUGCUGAUACGCAAUUCGAUUUCGAACCUACCGCAAGAGACGGUCCCACUAAAUCUGCAAACUCAACUAUCACCCUUCCCAAAGGAUGCUCUUGGAUUGCUGGUGGACCCGGAUUUCACAUGCCUAAGGGAACGAACAUGACACAGAUAGAAGGGUAUGAUGUCGAUGCCCAUUAUGAUGUGAGACCUAGCGAUCUCAAGAACCCCCGUAUCGUGCACUCGACUGAUACGACUAGACUUGGCGAAGAAUCUGUUGUUGAAUAA